AUGGGUAGUAUUCUGAAGGCCAAGUCUGGUGUCUUGUUGGUUUUGUGUCUGUUGCUGAUUCCUCAUGUCCUGUGUUCAAACUUGAAGGAGGAGAGUCGGACAACAUACAUCGUGAGGGUCCAACCAGGAAUGAAGCCAUCGGGUUUUGCAGGCGCACGAGACUGGAACAGAGCCAGCCUCAAAGGAAAUUACAAGCAUGACGAGGAGAGGUUUGUUCACGUUUAUGACAAAGCGUUCCAUGGCUUCUCAGCUAGAUUGACGAGGCAAGAAGCCGCGCAGCUUUCAGGCCAGCCGGGGAUCAUAUCCAUUGUGCCCGACCGCCUUCACCAACUCCACACCACUCGCUCUCCUACUUUCCUCGGCAUUCAGUCGAAGUCCUCUGCCAGUGACAAUAACGGGCAGCUGUCGGAGUCCGAGUUGGGGUCGAACGUGAUCAUCGGCAUAUUCGACAGCGGCAUCUGGCCCGAACACCGAAGCUUCCACGACCAAGGUCUCGACCCCAUCUCUCCCGACAUC